CGACAAUUAUAUCCUGCCGUAACCAUUGACCUUCUGCUACAAGCGUAACAUAGAUAUCAUGAAAGUUUUUAAUCCAAUUGUUUGAGGCAUGAUCCAUAGGCGCACUAAUUUAUUUUGACGCUACAGCAAUUAAUGAUGAUUGUUCUGUUGAGGCUGAAAGCCUCAAACAUUCAAAUUUAUAAGUAUUCGAAAUAUUCCACUUCAAUAGGACUCUGCAAAAACAAUCACUUUUUAUACAGUUUUUCGACGAGAACUACCAGUUCAUAUUCUGAGAAUGCUAUUACUCCAAGCAAACCCCGAAGAAUUUUCCGGAAGUUCCUGUUUUUGAGUCUGAUAUCAAUCAGUUCAUUUAUUGGCUUAGUUUACGUGUCUGAAACCAUUCGAAAUGAAUUGACUUCAUACUAUCCACCUUCUAAGGACAUACUAAAUCUGGUCGAAAAUUCGAUUGGAGGUUGGUAUUCUGGCUCAAAUGUUGAACAACCGGUUGUUCCUGUUAGUGAUUUUCCACUUCCACUCAAACGAAAUUCUGAGUCAAUCAGUCAGGUGAAUUCUGUGGCCAGUCCAGAACCUGUUAUUAUUGAGGAAAAAAAGCAUUCACUACCUACUGUGGAAGAAGUUAGAGAUAUGACAGAGAAACGUGAUCAUGUGACGGUGAGGAACGUAGACUUCUAUGAACUACCCAACGUUGUGAGGGAUGUAGAAAGUAGAGUGGAGAGUGCCAAAACUAAAUUGAGAGAAUUUGAACAUGUUAUUGAGAAAUAUUUCGAUGCACUGCUUAUUGCUGUACAAGAUAACAAUUUAAUUUCGAAAGAGAAAAAUUGGGAUUUUGUUGGAAAACUAGAACUGAAAAAAGAUAUGUUAGAAGAACAAGUGGAAAAAAUCGUCCAACAAGCUUCACAACAACUUGACGAACUUCAUCAUAUCAUUGAGCAACAUAAAAAUUCGGAACAAGCAAUUGACAGUAAUAUCAUCCCUGAUUCUAUUGAAACUUAUGGAAAAUUACAAUAUGACUUGACUGGAUCAAUCAAUAAGGUAGUAAAACUUCAGAACGAUGUUAAUAUGCUUAAACGUUAUCGUGAUUUAGCUUCUUCGUCGCAUACAAACUUACAGAAUGAUUUAGAAGCUUUGUCGAAACAUAUUGAAGGGAAAAGGCAGAGCAAAGGCACUUCCAAAACAAUGAAUGUGGAUGAGUUGAAUGAUUUGAUUUCAGUGGCACAUGCCCGUAUCUCUUCCUUACAAGAUAAAUUAGAUCAUUUAGAACAUAGUGAAAGAGAACGAAUGAAAUCAGCUUUAGAAGCACAACGUCAAGCAGAUGACAGUCUUCGAAAAGAAUAUAUCAAACAAGAAUUAAAUCGAGAACGCACGAGACAUGAGAUUGAAAGACAUAAAUGGUUACGAGAAGCACGUGAUGCUAAAGAACAUGAAUCAAGAUUAGCACUGGCGAGACAUAGUGAACAUCUUUCACAUAUGUUACAAUUACAGAAAGAGAAAAUGGAGCAUCGAUUCGCACAUCAACUGCGUGAAGAGUUGGCAAAAGAAAGAGUUGCUUUUGAAGCUGCACUUAUCGGUUGGACUAAGCGUAUGGAAGCCAUAGAAGAUGUUAUAGACGGAAGAGCGGAUCUAGAUCGGUUAGCUAAAGAAGCACAAUCAUUAUGGCUUUCAUGUGAAGCUUUAGCCUGUCGACUGCAUUCAGUUAGCCCGUCAAUGAAACCUCACCAUGAAACGAAAAGCGAUUCAGUCCUACUGAGUCAAACUGGAUCUUUAAAAGAUUUUGUCAAUUCUAUUCGUGAAUGCGCCACUUCCGGAAACUACCCUUUUGUCAAUAUAAUUCUAGACAGUCUGUCUAAUGAUAUAGUGGAAAACGGAGUUUGGACAGAAAAUGGAUUGAAGAAGAGAUUUGAAAAGGUAUAUAACGUCUGCAGAAAUGUUGCAUUAAUUGAUGAAACAAGUGGUUCACUAUGGGAAUAUGCUUUAUCAUGGCUACAGUCUAUAUUAAUCGUAGAUGUGAAAUAUAAAUGUUUGGAAGCGAUUUCACGUAUUAAACCAAAUAUUGGUAGUCCUUAUGUUCAAUACAUUAAAGAUUAUGAUGCAACGAAACAAACGGACUCAAGACCAGAUUCAUUUCAGUUGUUAUCUAGUGCCAAAUUUGCUAUGGCUAGUGACCAUAAUAUCUUUUCAGGUGACGAAAAUACAUCUGGUGAUGAAGCACUUGAAACAGCUGUACGAUUGUUAGGUCAGUUGAGUGGUCAAUCUCGUGUUGUUGCAAAUGAUUGGUUAGUUGAUGCUCGACACUAUUUAGAAGCUAAACAGACUGCUAGAACGUUAUUAGCUUAUGUUGCAGCUCGUGAUAUUUCUACUUUCCAAAAACGUCUAUAAUUUUAUUCAAAAAGAACCAUUUAAAAGGGCUAUUUCAUUAUUUAUCGUUCUUGAGUACUGUUUGAAUCUUUUCAUGAAGCAUCGUUUGUGAAAUUAGUAUUUAAUUUUUGUAUGAAGUGAAUUCUGAUUUGUAAUUAGCCUUAUUUAAAUGUACAUGAAUAUAACUAGACAGAAAUACAGUAGUACACUUUUCCUAUCAAGAUUUUCUUUGGUGUUGUCAUGGAUUAGUGUUAUUGUUGGAAAUCUUUCCACUAUUUUGAUUACACAAUAUCUUGUUGUCUAACAAAUUCUAUUUAGUCAAUUGCUUGUAGUAAUUCUAUAUUUGUAUCCUUAUGGUAGUAAUAAUACUUACGGGCGAAUAAAUAGCACAUAUCACCCAC